AUGCGUGCUGCCGCUCGUCGAUAACUCCACGUUUCCACUGCACCCGUGCACAUCCAUCGCUCUGGCUCGCCAGCGGGAUACAGACUCGCCCCCCGACGUCCCCUCCCGUCUGCCGACCUGGCACGCCCAGUGUCCUGCCCAGCAGAUCGUGACAGCGCCGACGGAGGCUCGCUUGACUGCCUUUCUCUCACGGCUGUUCAAGCCGCCCUAACGCCGACACAACCCGUGGCCCUCCUUCUGCAGCGACACCUACCGUGUGUCGCGACUGCUGUUUGUAGCAAUAGACACUAGAACUCGCCGUUGGGGACAGCACGCCCACAGCGACUGCCCCGCCCGCACCAAUCCUCGCACCGCCUUCCCCUCCACCCCGCGAACCUCAAUUCGACCGACACAUACACGAACUUCCUGAUUACUCGCUCGCUCCGCAGUUACAACCGCCGCCAUGGGCAACCAGCAGUCCAGCGGCAAGAAGGACAAGGGGGACAAGGGCACCGUGGACGGCGUCUCCCUUGAGCGCGAGAACUACCGCUCAUUCGAGCGAGCAGACACCAGGGAGUCCACCCGCUCCAUUCGUAACUCUAUCAGGUCGAAGAUCCCAGUCGGAAAAUCAGACAGCCCUCGCGGAUCCGUGUCCAACCUGCCCAACGAUGUCAAUGCGAAGCCCGACAAGUCGGAUGCGGCCUCGAUGAAGUCGACCAACAGCAAGGGAGGCAUCAGAUCUCGCCGCGGCUCCACAGCCUCCGCGCAAGAAGCUGCCCUCAACAGCGCCGCCAUGGCCGACAACGUCCCCGAUGACCCAGAGCCGCCUCCAUCACCAGUACAUGGUGCCACCGUAGGAACAGGAACCCACAAGCAUGUCGACGAGGCCCAGAAGACAGGCGAGGUCGACCAGGUAUCCGACGUUGGUCCCACGGGAGUCCCGCUGCCGCUGGCCACAGCUCAGCCAGGCGAGUCUAUCCUGCAAAAGAAGGACCAGCCCAUCCCGCGAGUGGAGCAAGCGCCACCUGCGAACGACGGCGCUGGUUCCCCCAUGGAGAUCAGUGCGCUGAAAGCGAUCGACCUGGACGACAUGAUCCAGCGAUUACUGGAUGCAGGUUAUGCAGGCAAAGUCACCAAGACUGUCUGUCUGAAGAAUGCCGAAAUUAUGGCUAUCUGCUCGGCAGCACGCGAGGUCUUCCUCACCCAGCCCGCCCUUCUCGAGCUCUCCGCGCCUGUGAAGAUCGUUGGGGACGUACAUGGACAAUACACUGAUCUCAUUCGCAUGUUCGAAAUGUGUGGCUUCCCGCCCAACUCGAACUAUCUAUUCUUAGGAGACUACGUCGACCGAGGCAAACAGAGCUUAGAGACGAUCCUACUGUUGUUGUGCUACAAGCUCAAGUUCCCAGAGAACUUCUUCCUUCUGCGGGGCAACCACGAAUGCGCCAACGUCACCCGCGUGUACGGGUUCUACGAUGAGUGUAAGAGGAGAUGUAACAUCAAGGUCUGGAAGGCUUUCGUGGACACGUUCAACACACUUCCGAUCGCUGCGAUUGUUGCGCAGAAGAUCUUCUGCGUGCAUGGUGGACUUUCUCCAAGUUUGUCCCACAUGGACGACAUCCGCCAAAUCGCGCGGCCCACGGACGUUCCUGAUUACGGAUUGCUGAACGACCUGUUGUGGAGUGAUCCUGCCGACAUGGAAAAUGACUGGGAAUCGAAUGAACGAGGUGUUAGUUAUUGUUUUGGAAAGAAGGUCAUCAUGGAGUUCUUGCAACGUCAUGAUUUCGACCUUGUAUGCAGAGCACACAUGGUGGUUGAAGAUGGGUACGAGUUCUUCAACGAUCGCAUCCUGGUGACGGUCUUUUCUGCACCCAAUUACUGUGGCGAAUUCGAUAAUUGGGGCGCUGUGAUGUCAGUUUCGGCGGAACUGCUGUGUAGCUUUGAGCUUCUCAAGCCCCUUGACUCUAGUGCGCUGAAGCAGCAUAUUAAGAAGAGCAGGAACAAGCGGCAGAGCAUGCUGAACUCCCCACCUGCAUCGCAAUAUCCCCAGAGUUACUAAUCGCUCAUCGAUAGGGCAAUAAAUCGAGCGACGUCGAUGUGAGGUGUGCCCAGGCUGUGGCUACUGCAGAAGCAGCAGAAGCAGAAGCGGAUUCGGAUUUGGCACGUCAGCGUCGCUUGGACCUGCAGAGAGAACGCAAAAGAUUGAAGAGAAUGAACCGACACGUCUCGCUGAAACGUACCCCGAGCCAUGUCGAAGAGCGAAAAAUUAUGAAAGCACUGGAAAGGGUUUUGGCUGAUCAAUCC